GUAGAAAGAGAAAUUGAUUUGGAUCUCGAUGAGAGGACGUUUCUUGUUUAUUGGUUUUCCUAGUUGAAUUCCUUUAAUUUUUUUGCCUUGCAAUCUACUGAUCCUUUUAAUAAAGCAAAUCAAUAUUAUCAUGACCUUCAAAAAAUAAAGCAGUUCAUUCCCAUCACCAAGAUUCACUUUGCUGUUUAUUCCCCCUACCUUCUUUUGUCCACAUAUAUAUAUAUAUAUAAGUUGCCUCGCUUUUAUCCAUUGUUCUUCCUUGUGCCAUUUACCCAUCAUAUAUACGCUUCCUCACUGUAUCAUCCAUCUUGUUUCUCUUUGUUUUGCUUAGCUAGUCACUUAAUCCAUACAUCAUCAUGAACAUGGAGACAGUUGAAUUGAAGGUAGAGAUGGUGGGAAUACAUGAGAAAAGACUGCGAAAAUGCCUGUCUAAACUAAAAGGGAUAGAGAAAGUGGAAGUGGAAGGGAAGAGUGAGAAAGUGGUGGUCAGAGGGUACGCACACAGAAACAGAAUACUAAAAGCCAUAAGAAGAAGUGGUCUUAAAGCUGAUUUUUGGUCUCCUCAAAAUGAACUCCUUCAAGCUUAUGCUGCUGCUGCUUCUUCUUCUUCUUCUUCUUUCAAAUUCAACUUCUCCUUCUUCUAGCUACCAUCUUUCAAUUCUGCUCUUUAGUUGAAUACCAAAUCUGUUCUUUUUAGCACUGUAUACACACAGAAUGAAAUGAUGGAAGAGUUUUAUUUUGGGAUUUCGUUUGUUACAUUAUUGUCUCCAUCACGUAUGAACGAUCAGCUUUCGAGUAAUUUAUGUAAGAUUUUAAGUCA